AUGUUUAACGUAUCGCAGGUGUCCAGUGUCAACAGAGAGGUCCAGGAGCACUACAUUUGGCUGCCCGGUAUUGCUAUCGCCACCGUCUACGGAUUUCUAAUCAUUGUUGGACUUAUUGGUAACGUCACGCUAAUGAGGACAUUUAUCACUGUUAAAUCCAUGCGGACGGUGCCUAACCUGUUCAUGUCCAGCCUCGCGCUCGGCGACCUGCUGCUGCUAGUCACGUGCGCUCCGGUGGACGCCAGCCGGUACCUCGCGGACAAAUGGCUCUUCGGCCGGGUGGGAUGCAAACUCAUCCCGUUCAUCCAACUCACCUCCGUCGGGGUCUCCGUUUUCACACUCACUGCCCUCUCUGCAGAUAGGUAAGGGUUUUAUCAUCGAAUGUGUUGUUUUCUCAAUCACUCUGACGGGAAGUUAAAUUAACCUUUUCAAGUAAAAAUAAAAAGAACAGCCUACAUUCAAGUUUUCAAACCAUUCUUUGACAUUGUAAUAAUAAUACUACAUUGUAGUAUGAACAGGCAGGCAUGGUAGCACGAACAGGCAAGUCGUGUAAUUAGGCAACACAUUAUUACACUAGCCUACAAGUUCAGCCUGGUUGCAGAUGUUGUUCACUGCAGAUAAACUCACAGAAUAGAGUGAACUGUUGGGGUUUAGCUCACAUACUAUAAAGAGGGAUCUUGUUUAUGCAUGACAUGUUCAUUCUGUGUAGGCCUAAUGUAAUUCAAGUCCAAUCGUUUAUGUUGUUCUAUUCAUCAAUUCACUCCUCAAAACUCUGUUAUCCUAACAUUUAAAGUCAACAGAAAUAAAUAGAUGUGGCACCCCUUGUGGCAUUUGUGGCGCCACUCAAGAAAUAACGGCAGAAAUUCUCCUUAAAUGGCCACUUUUGGCCCAUGGGCCUUCAAUCACUUGUCAGGACACACAGAGACCUUGUCAGGAAAACACAGAGACACGUGUUGAUAAUGGCUUUAGAAUUGCCCUCAUGAUGCAAAGAAAACUGUUGCCUUUAACAGUAGACCAACGGGCCGAUUCCGACCCGAGUUAGGCGUGCAUAAAUGGAACUUAAUUCCUUUUUUAUGCACUUUUCUCUCUAUGCUUAUUCCGACCUUUAACUUAAGCACGGGGUGGCAGGUAGAGGCAGGUAGCGGAGCGGUUAAGAGCGUUGGGCCAGUAACCGAAUGGUUGCUGGUUUGAAAAAGCAUCUACUUUAUUUUGUCCGGUAGAAAUCACACCAUUCUCCAUGCACUGUAAUUUCCAGGGAUGGGCACUCCCAACUUUCUCUGUUUCCUAUUUCUAUCAUGUUAAAUAUGAUCCACUAUCAGUAUCCACCUUCAGUAGGCCUAAUAAGCCACACAUAUUACACUGCCAAUUUACUGUUAGUUCCCUUCAGUUGGUAUAGCCUACAUUAUCAUUCCAUUUAAUUACAUUGUUUCAUUUACCUUAAUUUGCUUCCUCUGUAAACGCCAUCAAGUCUGUGUGGUUGUUGCUGAGGAUUAUUAGUAACAGUUGAUCAUAUUUUAAAAAGACAUGUAGGCUAAUUAAAUCGUUAUGGAGCCCAGACCAAGCAGUAACGGUUUGAAUCUGACGCAUGGAGCAAAACUUGGCCAUGUAAUCAAACAAUUCCAUGGUCAGUGCAGGCAAUCCACCAGGGUAUAGUAUUGUACGCUAUUCUCCCUAUUAUAAUUCUAUGUACACUAAUCUUCCAAUAUUACCAUGGGUUGAAGAAUGUGGCAAUUUUCAGAAUGAAUCAAACCACCGUUUUCUUUCUUUCUUGUGUAAAAGCUCUCCAAACCUGUUUUUUAAAUAUACACUUUUCUAAACCUAAAUAAUCUACAAGAUCAGAGUAUUUUUAAAUCUACCAAUUGGUGCUGAAAUGAAGAUGAAUAUGCGUAUAUUUACAUGUCUUUCUUUCAUUGAUCCUUAAUAUUCGGAACCCGUUCUCUCGAUAUAUUGUAGUCUGUCGACAAAAUUCUAACUAAAAGGUACACCGUAUUUAAAGGGAAGGCUUAAGAUACUGUACAUAUACUAACAACCCUAUUGAAUGAAAAGUCCACGAGAAAAUAUGUUAGCCAGCAAGUGGAAGGGUUUUCAGUGGUUGAAUUAUAUUUAUUCCGAUAGCUACACCUGCAGAGCGCUUUACACGACUGAAUAAGGUAAGUCUGAAUACCAAAUACUGAAAAGUGCGUAGGAAAGGCGUGCAUAAGAAUGGCAUAAAUUCCUAAGUCUGUGGUCCUCUGUAGCUCAGCUGGAAGAGCACGGCGCUUGUAACGCCAGGGUAGUGGGUUCGAUCCCCGGCACCACCCAUACACAAAAAUGUUUGCACGCAUGCCUGUAAGUCGCUUUGGAUAAAAGCGUCUGCUAAAUGGCAUAUUAUUAUUAUGAAUCGGCCCCUACAUGUGUUUGACUGCUCAGCAGCCUCCUGAGCUGUGCUCUGUUCUGUUCUAUUAUUCUAUUCCACUAUGUUCUCAUCUCUGUUCUUGCCCUGCAGAGUUCUUUCUCCAUCAAAGUUCUUUCAUCAUUUGAACCUGGAAUUCAAAAGGUUCUAAGAAGGCAAUUAGUCAGAGCUGAAAGAGAGAGUGAAUGUUCCUUUAGGGAGGUGAAGACAGGCAGACUGGCCUAUCUAGGUUAAUUAGCAACCAUAGAGCUGUCCAAUCACUGUCUUCAUUUCUUAUAGGCCCAGACGACCUACUCAAUACGGUACACAUUAAAACUGACCCAUUAACACCCUAUCUGUCACUGCAGUUCCCUGCCUGCCCAUGCUUUUAAAAACAUCAGACUGUCAGGGAAAUAUCAAUAAUGUACCCAAUCUAGCCAAAUAAAUAGCUAUUACUUUUACAUUCCUCACCCGUCACCCGUUAUUACAGUUGAAUAUAUAUAUAUAUAUAUAUAUAUAUAUAUAUAUAUAUAUAUAUAUAUAUAUAUAUAUAUAUAUGUAUAUAUAUUGUUGUAUUAACAAAAGUUAUUUUAAUUAUUUGCAGAACUUUGAUGCCAUAUAAUCAAUAAUCAACCAGAGGAAAAAAAAAACUCUAGACCACCUUUACUCCACACACAGAGACGCAUACAAAGCUCUCCCUCGCCCUCCAUUUGGCAAAUCUGACCAUAACUCUAUCCUCCUGAUUCCUGCUUAUAAGCAAAAUCUAAAGCAGGAAGCACCAGUGACUCGGUUAAUAAAAAGUGGUCAGAUGACGCAGAUGCUAAGUUACAGGACUGUUUUGCUAGCACAGACUGGAACAUGUUCCGGGAUUCUUCAGAUAGCAUUGAGGAGUACACCACAUCAGUCACUGGCUUCAUCAAUAAGUGCAUAGAUGAUGUCGUCCCCUCAGUGACCGUACGUACAUACCCCAACCAGAAGCCAUGGAUUACAGGAAACAUCCGCACUGAGCUAAAGGAUAGAGCUGCCGCUUUCAAGGAGCGGGACUCUAACCCGGACGCUUAUAAGAAAUCCCGCUAUGCCCUCCGACGAACCAUCAAACAGGCAAAGAGUCAAUACAGGACUAAGAUUGAAUCGUACUACACUGGCUCUGACGCUCGUCGGAUGUGGCAGGGCUUGAAAACUAUUACAGACUACAAAGGGAAGCACAGCCGCGAGCUGCCCAGUGACACAAGCCUACCAGACGAGCUAAACCACUUCUAUGCUCGCUUUGAGGCAAGCAACACUGAAGCAUGCAUGAGAGCACCAGCUGUUCCGGAUGACUAUGUGAUCACGCUCUCCGUAGCCGAUGUGAGUAAGACUUUUAAGCAGGUCAACAUUCACAAGGCCGCAGGGCCAGACGGAUUACCAGGACGUGUACUCCGAGCAUGUGCUGACCAACUGGCAAGUGUCUUCACUGACAUUUUCAACAUGUCCCUGACUGAGUCUGUAAUACCAACAUGUUUCAAGCAGACCACCAUAGUCCCCGUGCCCAAGGACUCUAAGAUAACCUGCCUAAAUGACUACCGACCCGUAGCACUGACGUCUGUAGCCAUGAAGUGCUUUAUAAUAAUAUAAUAUGCCAUUUAGCAGACGCUUUUAUCCAAAGCGACUUACAGUCAUGCAUGCAUACAUUUAUUUGUGUAUAGGUGGUCCCGGGGAUCGAACCCACUACCUUGGCGUUACAAGCGCCGUGCUCUACCAGCUGAGCUACAGAGGACCACAAAGGCUGGUCAUGGCUCACAUCAACAGCAUUAUCCCAGAAACCCUAGACCCACUCCAAUUUGCAUACCGCCCCAACAGAUCCACAGAUGAUGCAAUCUCUAUUGCACUCCACACUGCCCUUUCCCACCUGGACAAGAGGAACACCUACGUGAGAAUGCUAUUCAUUGACUAUAGCUCAGCAUUCAACACCAUAGUGCCCUCAAAGCUCAUCACUAAGCUAAGGAUCCUGGGACUAAACACCUCCCUCUGCAACUGGAUCCUGGACUUCCUGACGGGCCGCCCCCAGGUGGUAAGGGUAGGUAACAACACAUCUGCCACACUGAUCCUCAACACGGGGGCCCCUCAGGGGUGCGUGCUCAGUCCCCUCCUGUACUCCCUGUUCACCCAUGACUGCAUGGCCAGGCACGACUCCAACACCAUCAUUAGGUUUGCCGACGACACAACAGUGGUAGGCCUGAUCACCGACAACGAUGAGACAGCCUAUAGGGAGGAGGUCAGAGACCUGGCCGUGUGGUGCCAGGACAACAACCUCUCCCUCAACGUGACCAAGACAAAGGAGAUGAUUGUGGACUACAGGAAAAAAAAGAGGACUGAGCACGCCCCCAUUCUCAUCGACGGGGCUGUAGUGGAACAGGUUGAGAGCUUCAAGUUCCUUGGUGUCCACAUCACCAACGAACUAUCAUGGUCCAAACACACCAAGACAGUCGUGAAGAGGGCACGACAAAGCCUAUUCCCCCUCAGGAGACUGAAAAGAUUUGGCAUGGGUCCUCAGAUCCUCAAAAAAUUAUACAGCUGCACCAUCGAGAGCAUCCUGACUGGUUGCAUCACCGCCUGGUAUGGCAACUGCGUACGGCCCAGUACAUCACUGGGGGCCAAGCUUCCUGCCAUCCAGGACCUCUAUACCAGGCGGUGUCAGAGGAAGGCCCUCAAAAUUGUCAAAGACUCCAGCCACCCUAGUCAUAGACUGUUCUCUCUGCUACCGCAUGGCAAGCAGUACCGGAGUGCCAAGUCUAGGUCCAAAAGACUUCUCAACAGCUUCUACCCCCAAGCCAUAAGACUCCUGAACAGCUAAUCAUGGCUACCCAGACUAUUUGCACUGCCCCCCCACCCCAUCCUUUUACGCUGCUGCUACUCUGUUAAUUAUUUAUGCAUAGUCACUUUAACUCUACCCACAUGUACAUAUUACUUCAACUACCUCAACUAGCCGGUGCCCCCACACAUUGACUCCGCACCGGUACCCCCCUGUAUAUAUAGCCUCCCUACUGUUAUUUUAUUUUACUUCUGCUCUUUUUUUUCUCAACACUUUUUUUGUUGUUGUUUUAUUUUUACUUUUUUGUUAAAAAUAAAUGCACUGUUGGUUAAGGGCUGUAAGUAAGCAUUUCACUGUAAUGUCUGCACCUGUUGUAUUCGGCGCAUGUGGCCAAUACAAUUUGAUUUGAUUUGAUUUGAUUUGAUCAAUGGAUUUUGAUUCAGGAAAUCCAUGUUUUAUUAUGAGAGUUGUUCGUUUCUAUACAUUCAUUACCAAAUGCCAUUCUAGCACUCUUUGAUGGUCCUGAAGUACCUUUAUGUAUGCUGCGUCCAUAUUCUCUCAUUAUAGAUAUGAUCAGACUCAAUUAACCAACACCAGCUGCUUUUCAUUGAGUUCUCUGGUUCUUUUAAUCCUGAUCCAUGUGAGCCAAUUGUUUCUUUAAUGAUAAAGGAUCUGGGGGAGGGGGGCUUUAGGCUAGAAACAAGAGGUAAAAUGCCAGAGGAAGACGCGACUCUGAUGCACAUGGGAAUUAAUAUUUUUGGUUUGUCUCUAUGAGAUUCAGAAGCUAAGCUAUGACCUUCUGAAGUCGAGGAGUCAAAGAAAUUGGACUUUGCUUGGCAAGUAAUUUUAUAUUUUUUAGUCGUUUUUAGCAGAUCUUAUACAAUGUGUGGCUCUGUCACUAUCAAUUGAUCUAUUCACUUUCUGUAAAAGAGAAUAUGUAUAAUUAAAUUGAGGGUUCAUAUACAUUAUCAUAAUAAAACAUAUUUGGUAACGGAGUAACAUUUGGGAAAUCGGUUCUAGACUUUAUUUUCCUUAUCCAUUAUUAUUAUUAUUAUUAUUAUUACAUAGCCUAUCUAUUUUCAACCCUUGUGCUAAAUGACUAAGAAACUGCUAAAUGUAAUAAAAUGAGUUUUCUGCUCGUCCCAGGUACAAGGCCAUUGUCAAACCCAUGGACAUCCAGAAGUCCACAGCUAAGUUCUGCUUCCGAGCAGCAGCCAUAUGGCUCUUCUCCAUGACCCUGGCCGUUCCUGAGGUGGUCUUCUCCGACCUUCACACCUUCAACAUCGGCCAGACCAACGACACCUUUGUGACAUGCGCUCCCUACCCCCACGCCGGGGAACUGCACCCUAAGAUCCACUCCAUGGCCUUCUUCCUCAUCUUCUACAUCAUCCCCCUCCUCAUCAUCUCUGUGUACUACUGCUUCAUCGCACGCAGCCUGAUCCAGAGCGCCUCAGACAUGCCCGUGGAGGCACACUUACACAUCAAGAAACAGGUGUGUGAAUGUGUGUCUGGACACUGGAUGUUUAGGUGUUUAUCAUUUAAUGAGACAUGGGAAAUAGUAAAAUGGGAAAAUUAGAAAUGUGUGUAUGCGUUUGUGUGUGUGUCCAGUCCUUCUGAAUACAUAAACUCAUUGAUGCUUUCUCUACCAUUCCCACAGAUUGAGUCUAGGAAGCGUCUGGCUAAGACAGUGCUGGUGUUUGUCGGUCUGUUCGCUGUGUGCUGGCUCCCCAGUCAUGUGAUCUACCUGUACCGCUCCUACCACUACGGCCAGGUGGACACGUCCCUGGGACACUUCAUCGCCAGCGUGUGUGCCCGCGUCCUGGCCUUUACCAACUCCUGCGUCAACCCCUUUGCCCUCUACCUGCUCAGCAACAGCUUCCACAAGCAGUUCAACAAGCAGCUCCGCUGCCGCCGCCGUCCACCAAUCAGCUGUAACGCUCAGGGCACGGGGCGGAGCAACAAUCAGUCUCUGGCUAACUUCAGCCUCGUCAAUGGGGCUCAUGUUAGUCAGGAAGGCUGUGUGUAG